AUUAAAACAACACAAGGGUUCUGCUUCAUGCCAUCCACACUCAGCCACUGAACACUCUGCUCCCUAUGACUGCUUCUUAUGAGCAAGAUUUGUGCCAGAGGUUUCUGGCCGAAGGAACACAGCAGGGCUGGCGAGGAGAAAGAAGCAGCAGCAGGCACUGGUGGAGUGGAGCCGAUGUGGGUUGUGCUGCAGUGCUGAAGCUCUGAUUCCUUCUAAGAGAGCUGAAUACAUAUAGCAUUGUGAUUUUCAAUGUGAUUGUGGGGAGUGUCUUCUCUAGUGCCUGCCUGCUCUGCUGUGUGGCUGCAUAUAUAUACUGUAUGACGGUGUGUUUCUGAGCUUGGCUAUUCCAAUCUCUGUAAUUGGAAGGGCUCAGUUUGCAGAGACAGCUUCAGCAGCACUGCUUCCAUCUCCUUGCUCCACUCUCCUAUCCUAAUCUUUUUGCCCAUGAGAACUUUGAGAUACACAUUCUUCUGACAGCUUGUUUAAUUUAUUUCUUCUUGUUUCUCCGUGUCUGCUUCUUAGCCAUGAUCUACAGAAGUGUGAGAGCAAGUUUGCUAAUUCAGUGCUAAGGACUUCAAGGGGACUUGAGGACCCAAUCAAGAGUCUGAGGAAGCAGGGCAGGGGUGGGCUUGUUAUUCUUGGACAAGGGGGAGGUAAAUCACCACCCCACCCUCAGCUUCUUCAAGUUUACCUGCCUUCCAUUCUCAUCAAAGCAAGCAAGGCUACAUAGCAAAAAUACUGUGGGGAGAAGUUGCACAUAUAAACUGCUGAGAUCUGGAGUUUAUUCCUGGGACCACUUGCAAGCCAUGGUUUGGAUAUUCAGAAACAGGUGCACUGCUCCAUUCCUGGGGAUUUUGAGCUGUAUCUACUGCAUAGCCCGGAGUGCCUCCCCUACAUUCCAGAAAUGUGACGAGCCUCUGGUAGUGGGAUUACCCCAUCAGUCUUUCAGAAGUUCUUCAAUUAAAUCGGGAAGUUAUGCUCCAGGCUAUGCCAAACUCAACAAGAGAGACGAGGCUGGUGGUUGGUCACCUUUGGACAGUGAUCAUUAUCAAUGGCUACAGGUGGAUUUUGGAAAUCGGAAACAAAUUUGCUCAGUUGCUACACAAGGACGAUACAGUAGCUCUGAUUGGGUGUCUCAGUACCGCAUGCUAUACAGUGACACAGGUAGAAACUGGAAACCUUAUCACCAGGAUGGGAAUAUUUGGGCAUUCCCUGGAAAUGUUAAUUCAGACACUGUUGUUCGUCACGACUUGCAGCACCCAGUAAUUGCUCGUUAUGUACGCAUUGUUCCUUUGGACUGGAAUGAAGAAGGACAAAUUGGGCUGCGAACAGAACUUUAUGGGUGUCCAUACUGGGCUGAUGUUAUAAAUUUUGAUGGAAACUCUGGUUUAUCCUAUCGAUUCAAGAACAAGAAGAUGAAAACAUUAAAAGAUGUCAUCUCUCUCAAAUUCAAAAGCUCUGAAAGUGAAGGUGUGAUCUUUCAUGGAGAAGGACAGGAAGGCGAUUACAUUACUUUGGAACUAAAAAGGGCAAAAUUGGUCCUUCAGCUAAACCUAGGUAGCAACCAGUAUGGAUCCAUUUAUGGCCACACUUCUGUGACAUCAGGAAGCCUUCUAGAUGACCACCACUGGCACACUGCCAUUAUAGAACGCCAUGGAAGGAACAUUAACCUCACACUUGACAGGCACAUGCAGCAUUUUAAGACAAAUGGAGACUUUGAAUCUUUGGACUUGGAUUUUGAGCUGACCUUUGGAGGCAUGCCUUUUUCUGGAAAGCCAACCUCAAGUAGCAGGAAAAAUUUCAAAGGCUGUAUGGAGAGUAUCAAUUACAAUGGAAUAAAUAUCACUGAUCUUGCCAGGAGGAAGAAAGUAGAGCCAUAUAAUAUGGCUAAUUUAAGUUUUACUUGUGUUGAAUCUCGGACAGUGCCUGUAUUUUUCAAUGCUACUAGUUAUCUUGAAGUCCGUGGGCGCCCGAAUGAAGAUUUGCUCUCUGUGAGCUUCCAGUUUCGUACUUGGAAUCCUAGUGGCCUUCUUCUUUAUAACACUUUUAAUAACGACCUUGGAAAAGUAGAAAUUGAUUUAACAGAAGGCAAAGUUAGUGUGCACAUCAGCAUGACCAAGUCGAAGAAAAACCGCAUUGAUAUUUCUUCAGGUUCAGGUCUUAAUGAUGGGCAGUGGCAUGAAGUACGACUUACAGCCAAAGAAAAUUUUGCAUUUUUAACAAUUGAUGGUGAUGAAGCCUCAUCUGUCAAAACAAACAGUCCUCUCCAAUUCCAGACUGGAAGUAGAUAUUUCUUUGGAGGUUUUUACUCUUCGUCAAAUUACACAGAUCACUCCCUGCUUCAGCAUUCGUUCCAAGGCUGCAUGCAGCUUAUCCAUGUGGAUGACCAGCUGGUUGACCUUCAUGCUGUAGAACAAGGAAAGCAAGGAAGCUUCGCUAACAUCAGUAUUGACAUGUGUGCCAUCAUAGACAGAUGUGUUCCUAAUAACUGUGAACAUGGUGGGAGGUGCACUCAGACAUGGGAUAGCAUGACAUGCAACUGUGAAGGAACUGGGUACACAGGAGCAACAUGCCACAACUCUAUAUAUGAACUUUCCUGUGAAGCCUACAAGCACCUUGGAAAAUCAUCAGAGUGGUAUUGGAUUGAUCCAGAUGGCAGUGGUCCAUUAGGGCCUCUAAAGGUUUUCUGCAACAUGACAGAGGACAAAGUAUGGACAACCUUAUUCCAUGAUCUUCCACAACAGACCCCUAUAGUUGCUGCCAACCUUGAGAAACCAGUUGUUCUUAAUUUGAAUUAUAGUGCAUCAAUGGAACAGGUUUCUGCAAUCACCGGCAGUGCUGAGUAUUGUGAACAGUACAUCUCAUAUUCCUGCAGAAUGGCAAGGCUGCUGAACACACCAGAUGGAAAUCCGUAUACAUGGUGGGUUGGAAAAGGCAACGAAAAGCAUCACUAUUGGGGAGGUUCUUCUCCUGGUAUCCAGAAAUGUGCUUGUGGCAUUGAGAGAAACUGCAGUGACAGCAAAUUCUACUGUAACUGCGAUGCUGAUCAGAGACAAUGGAGAAUAGAUGCUGGAUUCCUGUCCUACAAAGAUCAUCUGCCUGUCACUCAAGUAGUAGUUGGAGAUACAUUUCGCUCUUCAUCAGAAGCAAAGUUAUCUGUUGAACCACUGCGUUGUCAUGGAGACAAGAAUUACUGGAAUGCUGCAUCCUUCACAACGCCAUCUUCAUAUCUGCAUUUCUCCACAUUUCAAGGUGAGACCAGUGCUGAUAUUUCAUUCUACUUCAAAACGUCAGCACCUGAUGGAGUCUUUCUGGAAAACAGAGGAAAAACUGAUUUCAUCAAAUUAGAAUUAAAAUCUAACACAGAGGUGUCCUUUUCUUUUGAUGUUGGAAAUGGACCGGUUGAAGUGAUAGUUAGAUCCCCCACUACUCUUAAUGAUGAUCAGUGGCACCGGGUCAGAGCAGAAAGAAAUGUGAAGGAAGCAAGUUUGCAAGUGGAUCAGCUGCCAUUACAGUUGCAUAAGGCCCCCACCCAAGGUCACACAAGACUGGAACUGUACAGCCAGCUCUUUGUUGGUGCUGCUGGAGAUCAGCGAGGCUUCCUCGGUUGCAUCCGUGCUUUGAGAAUGAAUGGUGUGACACUGGAUUUAGAAGAAAGAGCAAAAAUCACGCCAGGAGUUAAGCCUGGUUGCUCAGGACACUGUGCCAGCUUCGAAAUGUACUGCCAGAAUGGAGGAAAGUGUGUGGAGAAGUAUAACGGCUAUACCUGUGACUGUUCAAGGACAGCAUAUGAUGGACCAUACUGUAACAAAGAUGUGGGAGGCUACUUUGAGGAAGGUACUUGGCUGAGAUAUAACUUCCAUUCAGCAUCCACAGCAGCAGUAGUCAGUACAAAAGAAUUUGGAAAUAUCCCUCAGAGUUCUGCUUCAGACAUCGGUUUAGCCAAAGAAGAGCUACUAUUCAGUUUUAGCACUACAAAGUCACCGUGCAUCUUGCUGUACGUCAGCUCCUAUUCCCAAGAUUAUCUAGCAGUUCUGCUCAAGGCUUCUGGUAUCCUACAAAUCCGAUACAAUUUGGGUGGCACCAAAGAGCCAUACAACAUUAAUAUUUCAGAUCACAAAAAUAUGGCAAAUGGUCAGCCCCACAGUGUCAACAUCACCAGGAGCGGCAGAAACGUAAUAUAUCAGCUUGAUCACUACCCACCAGCAGUCUACAGCCUUCCUUCCACCUCUGACACCCAGUUUAAUGGACCAAAGGCCCUUUUCCUUGGGAAGGUUAUAGAGAUAGGGACAAAAGAUCAAGAUAUCCAUUCAUACAAUACUCCAGGCUUCAGUGGCUGCCUGUCCAGAGUGCAGUUCAAUCUCAUCGCCCCACUCAAGGCAGCUCUGAGAUCAAGCAACAACUCUCAAGUGUUCAUCCAAGGGGAACUUGUGGAAUCGAACUGUGGAGCCUCCCCACUCACCAUCCCACCAAUGACUUCCAAUACAGAUCCUUGGCACUCAGACUCUCCAGAGUUUCCAAACAAUGAAGGUCAAGCCAUAAAAGAUGGAGUGAACAGAAAUUCUGCAAUUAUUGGAGGCAUUAUAGCUGUGGUCAUCUUCACUAUACUCUGCACUCUGGCAUUUUUAAUACGCUACAUGUUCCGUCACAAGGGGACCUACCACACCAAUGAAGCCAAAGGAGCUGAAUCUGCCGACACUGCUGAUGCUGCCAUCAUAAACAAUGAUCCCAACUUUACUGAAACUAUUGAUGAAAGCAACAAAGAAUGGCUGAUCUGAGAGUGAGCAAGAGCAAAGCAAAGGGGUUUGGGGGAAUAACGAAGGAACUGUCUCGCCAGAGCUCAGCUUCAGACUUUUACUCACAGUACCUGCACCUUUGGAAUUCCUGCAGAUCGACUGAAUAAGUUUUGACAGUACCACAAUGCUUAAACCUUAAAAGAGGCGUUCAAAAGUACUUUUUUCUUUACUUCUACAGUUGGGUUUUGCUCCUUCUGUAGAGCCCUGCCUAAAAAUAUCAGCUUUUAGAAUUUCAAAAUUGGUUCACAGUACUUUCUGUAUUUUAUUUUUUGUGUUAAAAGGCAUUCUAAAAAGGGGCGAUUUUAUACAGUUUUUUAAAGCCCUAAAGAAUGAAACCCUUUGAAUAUACAAUUUAUUUAUGUAUAGGUGUGUGUAUAAAUACAUACAUACAUACACACACACACACACACACACACACAUAUAUAUAUAUAUAUAUAUAUAUAUAUAUAUAUAUAUAUAUGUGUGUGUGUGUGUGUGAUUUCUACUAUUAAAAAGCCAGUGAAUAAAUAUCAAAAUCAAUAUUAUUUUAGCUGCUAAGGAAAUCUUUUCUGAUACCUUGUAAACCUUCACUAGCACAGUUCAGUGACAAUAUCCCAGCCCUGUAUAUAUGCACACACAUAUACAUAAAUUUAUAUUUCUAUAUAAAUAAUCUAUUAAAUCAUUAUUUUAAUUUACUACAAACAUAUACAGAUUUAAUUGCCUCUGCAUGAAAUGGCACAAAAGAAUGUACGGUAUGAGAAAGUGAAAAGGUUUGUCAUGCCAAAAUAAAAUAACGCCAACUUACAAAACACUAUCACUUAAUAGUGUAGGCCACAGAGCAAUGGCUAAAAAGGAAAGCAUGUAGAAUAUACAUAAAUAUUGUAUAUUUUCAUAGAUUUUUAUUUAAUUUUAUUGAAAUGUUUUCUUAUUACACUUUUAUUUUUCCAGCAAUUUAGCAAAAGUAUGCCUUAUGUACUUGCAUCUUGCUAUCUACUAUGGUUUGUGGCCCUGAACAAAAUAUACAUGAACUAGGUGUGCACUGAAAAACUUACAAUUACAAAUGGCAUAAGUAAAAAUUCAGCUGCCAUUUUGAAUGUAUUUUUUGGGGAUCAACCCAGUUAAUAAACAGACUUUGUGGUUAAGCUUAGAUUGUAGGUACAAUGCUUCAGUGUCUACCUGCCUACCUCUUCAGCGGGGUACAGUGUCUAAAUAGGUGUCUAAAUAGUCUAAGGAUUUAUUGUUUAUGCAGGAAUAUUUUACCUACUAGAAACAGUUGGCCCUACCCAGUUUUUUUUCAGUGCAAUCUAACAAAGCAGGUCAGACAUCCCACAAAUAAACAAUACCUGUUUGCAUUUGUAUUGUUAAAGGAGAAAAAAAAGUUCAUAAAAAAAACCCUAUCCCCCUACCCUACAUAGACCCCCUCCCCCCAG